AUGGGCAGCGAGGACGUUCUCCCCGACGCCAUCCUCGAGCUCGUUCUGUUGCGCCUGGACUCCCCGCUCUGUCUCCGCGCGGCGUCGACGUGCAAGCGAUGGCGGCGCAUCAUCGCCAGCGACGCCUUCCGCGCCCUCCACGGCUCCCCGCACGCCGUCGCCGGCUCGUACUACAACAAGGACAUCUUCGUCCGCCCACGGUUCGAUCCCUCGCCGGCCAACGUUGCCGCCGCCGUCGACGGCCGCCACUUCUCCCUCGACUUCGUCCCCGGUGACGACAAGAGCAGCUGGACGGUCAAUGACAGCCGCGGGAGCCUCCUCCUGCUCGACCGCGAGGACUGCAGGACCGGACGCUCUGACCUGAUCGUCUGCGAGCCCCUGACGCGGCGCCACGUGAUGAUCCCUCCCCCUAAGCCGGACGCCGCCUACUUCGCCACCGCCGUUAUUGAGGCUGACACGAUAGACGAGGCUGCUACAGAAGUUCUCGAAGUGCUCAAGGAAAAGGCUAAUACUACUAGAAGUCUAAGCAGCAGAGACAAUGUCUUCUACUUCGAUGGCUGGGACGGGCUUGGGGCAUCCGCCGUCCUCCGAAACAUCGCCCAACGCCUCAGUGCUACUACACCAGAUGGGAAGAGAGCCCUGGCCGACCUGGAGUUUGAUCAGGUCAUCCACAUCGACUGCUCAAUGUGGGAGAGCAGGAGAGCCCUUCAGAAGGCAGUCGCGGAGCAGCUGCAGCUCCCCGAUGAAGUGAUGAAGAUGUUUGACCGGCAAGAUGAGGAGGAUGAUUUCCGAGGCGUGGCCGAGGGAUCCCGCGCUGAGCUACAACAAGUGGCCUGGGAGAUAUAUCAGCACACGCAGAAGGCAAACCGCAGAUUAUUGGUGAUUUUCCACAAUGGGAGCAGUGAGGAGAUCGACCUGGCCACUUGUUGCGGCUUGUCUCUGUCCGGGUACUCAACCAGCAAGGUGCUCUGGACAUUCCAAGGGAGGUACCGGAUCAAACCUCGGACCAAAGUUGACAAGGCCAUGAAGAGCGCAGGAACAACUGAUGCUUUUCUCUCGGCGGGCCCACGCCGCUAUGGGAAGGAAGAGCAGCUCUGGUCCUACCUUGUACUUGAAGAGGCUGCGGAAGUAGCUGAAGCAUGCAAGGUCACUGCUGGGUCUCGCGACAUUAUCAAUAAGCCUACACAAGUUGCUGAGUGCUUCCUGUACAUGUUGGAUCUGUGUUGCAAAGGAAGCCAAUCGAUCGACUAUGAUUUGGCCACCCAUGGCGCCAACUACUGGGUAUGUGAUCGCAUCAUACAUCAGUUACAGCAUGAAGAGAGAGAUGUCAACGGUGGUGAUAAAGAUGAUGGGUUGUGGAGAGCUGUAGAUGCUCUGCAGCAGCAGAUGCUGUUGGAUAUGGACCACCAUCAAUAUUUGACCUCCCCUCAUUUAGCAAUGUUCAUCAAGAGCAAACCAUACUGGACUUCACCAACCUGUGGGUUUACUAGGAUCCCGGCCGGAGCUAUUCAUAAUGGAGACAUGUUCCAGCACUGCUCCAACAAGCUUCAUGUUCUCAAGCUCUCACGCUGCACAUUCAACUUCCAAUCACCUCCAUUCCAAUGCUGCCAGAGCCUGAAGUUCCUAUGGCUUGACCGUUGCCAACACACUGGGAUUAACAACACAGAUGGAGAAGGGAAGGAAGAGGACGUCCGUCGGUGCUUCCAGAGGUUGUGGGUGCUCGACGUGCGCGAUAUGCACUGUGUUCAUAUCUUGUCUGGACAGAUGAUGGAUUACAUGACUCAACUCAGGGAGCUAAAUGUGAUGCGAACCUGGAAAUGGGACAUGGGACAGCUCCAGGGACGAUUGCCUAACAUCCGCAAGCUCCGAGUAGCAAUGUCUAGUGUCACCUGUAGUUGCUCAGAAGAGGACCUGUUCUCGGAGAUGAACAAGAUGGAGGUUCUUGAAUUUUCAGGAAACAACAUUGACAGUUUUUGCAUCACAAUCAACAAUAGUAGCUGCCUUGAGACCGUCAAUAUUGUUGAGUUUGGGGGAUUUAAACGAAUCUCCUUCAAGGGAUGUACUAAACUGAAGAAUCUAAUCUUUAGUGGGAGGUUGUAUCAUGUCUGUGCCCUAGACAUCUCAGGCACAGCAGUGAAAACACUGGAUCUCACUGGAAUAACAAACCUUGGUCUUCAUGAGCUCUAUCUACUUGACUGCAAGAAGCUUUGUGCAAUACUGUGGCCACCAGAAGACAUAAUGAAGCGAGACUUGGAUAAGUUGUGCAUUGACACCACGCGGUCAGCACCCACUGCCCAAUCUAGGGAAGAAAUAGCCAAGAGGGGUACUACUGCUGCUACUAUAGGAACAUCGGCAGCAACAACAGUACUGCAUCGCAGUCGACCGACCAAUGAAUUUCCUUGGUACAUUUCUGUAAGGGAUGCAAGGCUCCUCAUGUCCCUUGAAGCAGUGUUUGGAGGUCUCCCCUACACCGAGUCCCGCAAGCUAUAUUUGGAGGUUUCCCCUACACCAAGUCCUACUGUUUUUGCUGCUGGUUGCAGAGAUGAAGGAAUCAAGAGCGGCAGCAGCAGUGAGCUACAGCGACAGCCUGCACCUGCAAUAUACGCAGCAGCAGGUACCACCGCUAAAUGUGAUGGUGAUGCUACGGGGAUCAUGUGGAUGUGGUCUUGCCCGGAUGUUCCUGAUCUUCACGAAACAAGCUGCUAUAUGCACAUACAAGAAACCAAUACCAUUACUGUGCCAGAGUUUGUAAUUUAUUGUGCUAAAAUCCUGCAUGUGCGGGGUAGCAUGUCCAUCACUGUUUUUCCUUCGGGCACCGAGUCCCAGGGUUCAGAAUGGGUCCAACUGGAGUGGUGCAGAAUCGAGAGGUGCCCCAGAUUGGAGGAUGUGUUCACUCUCGGAGAACAAAUUCGGGGCCUCGAAGGGAGGUCCUACAGCAUGAAGACAUUCUGGGCCUCACAGCUCCGGAAGGCAAGCUGUAUCUGGAAGUAUAGUGAACCAUGUGGAGUCUGCCGUACAUUCGAGUACCUGGUAUUUUUGCACCUGGAUUGCUGCCCCAGGCUGGUGCAUGUACUCCCUUUGUCACUAUACAUGAUCGACCGUGACUUGCCGGAGAGCUUGAGUCAGCUAGAAACCCUCGAGAUCACGUGGUGCGGGGAUCUCCGGGAGGUAUUUCCUUUGGAGCCCUACGCCAAGCGCUACGUGAAGCAGCAGCCUCAGCCAGUUACCCUAGACUUCCCCGGUCUCAAGCGUAUCCACCUGCAUGAGCUCCCUAGACUACAUAGCAUCUGUGGUGGUGUGAGGAUGUCCGCGCCCAAUCUGGAGACCAUCAAGAUCAGGGGCUGCUGGAGUCUCAAACGCCUUCCGGACGUCGGCGGCGGUGACAAGGCAGUGGAGUGCGACUGCGAGAAGGAAUGGUGGGACAGGCUUGAGUGGGAUGAUGGCUCGCAGGUGACCCGCUACAAGCCGAUCCACUCGCGGUACUACAAGAAGACCCUGCUCAGGAGCUCUGUUCUCAGGUGAGGUGAGGCCCUUCACUGCUGGAUCUCCUGCUGAUUCUGCUUCAGCGGCAGUUCGAUUGAUUUGUGUGUGAGAAUGACGACACGGAUGCAUGCUUCGCUUGCGUCCAGGUUGUCUGCUUCUGCUUCGAUUUACUUUGUUUUGGUUUGGUUCCUCAGUUGAGCCAACCCAACCACUAUAACACAGAUUGAAAGCGUGUUAUCAUGACAUCUUGAUGGAUAAGAUGGCGUGAUGCAGACAGACCCCUAUGUGCCCUGUCUGGAGCUGUGGACAAAAUAAAAGCAAGAGCCAGCGAUCGUUCAGCACCUGAGUUCCCUUGGGUUUGCUUCUGCCAGUUGCUGCGCUCUUGGCUGGUGUGCUUGUGGUGUGUGCUGUAUUUCUAUGGCGUGUGGGCUUUCAGUAUUGUGUGGAAUGGAGUGAUCAAUGUUGUUUGUUGAUGCACUUGUAUUUAUAAACAAAUCAAUAAAUGCUGAUGGUUGUGUGUGU